AUGAAGAUAAUUCUAUAUUUUUGCAUUUGGACAGCAGCCUGGGCUAUUCCAGUUCCUCAAACCAAACCAUUGGAGAAACAGGUUGCCGACAAAUCUUCGAAUGUAUAUGCAAUAACAAAAUCCAAUAAUACAUCAAUACAGGAUGAGUUAAAUGCCAAUGUCAUCACUAGAGAAAAUGGUGUCCCCAUACGUGAAAGUGAAAGAGGAAGACAACAGUCUAUAGUAAAUGGUUGUAAAGAAGAGGGGGAUGGCUUUGAGUGUGCAGAAUUAGGGAGAAAUAUCUCCUCUACACACCCCAUGCCAGUGGAUAUAGAGGGUAUUGUUAAGGAUGGGAAUGCAGCCACAAGAGAACCGGAAACAUAUGGUUAUGAUGCAAUACAUGGAAAUGAAGAUAACAUCACAUUAAAUGGCAUCAGGGGAAAAGUAAACAUUAUUGAUAAUGCUGGAGCAACAACUGUGAGUGAUAUGAAUGGAAAUACUGAUAGUACAAACCAUGGCGAUAUAGGAUAUACAAGUCAGAGUGGCGAUACCACUCUUGUCUCUGAAGAUGGAAAUCAAAUGCCUGGAAACAAUAAUAGUACAGACCCUGAGGAUGAAAUGAAUGGGAAUUCUUGUGGUAAUGAGAAUAACACAAAUGAAACAACACCUCAGACAGAAGGUGAGAUAAAUAGGAAUAAGCAGGCUGAUAUAACUCCCGGGAGAAAUGGAACCAGCAAUGGAAACGAUACUGGCCUAGAUGAUUCCGAUGGGAGUCCCAGUGGGAAUGGAGCAGAUUAUGAUGAAGACAAGGGCUCCGGUGAUGAAGAUGAAGAAACAGCAGAUGGGAAAGCAGGUUCCAAUAAUAGCAAUGAGGAGGAAGGGCAGGGUAAUGACAAAGAAGAUAGCCAUGACGAUAGUGAAAGUCAAAAUUCAGUUAGUACUGAAGAAGAUGACCCUGGAGAUAAAGCUCUUCUUACUAACAAUAAUGGAGAGAACAGUUCCAAUAGUGAUGAAGAUUCUCAUAGUAUUCCAGAAAACUAUGGUGUCCAAAGACUAGAAAGCACUAAAGAAUUCAAUCACAUAGGAAGUAAAAGGGCGGAAAAUGGAAUCCCUGAAGAAUCAGCUCCAAGUGCUGUUGGGAAAAGCCAAGAUAAGGGAUUAGAAACUGGAAGUCUCAGCAGUGGCUACAUAAAUAAUAUUACCACAGAUGUUGGGAAAGUAAAUGAAGAUAAAGCACAAUAUGGACUGAUCAUGGUUAAAGAAAAUGUCAAGACCCAAGGAGAGAGUAACAACAUACAAGGACCAGGCCAGGAAUCAGAACCUGGAAGUAAGGUUGGACACAGCAAAACUGGCAGUGACAGUAAUAGUGAUGGGUCUGACAGUUAUGGUUUUGAUGAUGAGCUCAUGCAAGGUGAUGAUCCCAAUAGCAGUGAUAUUGAUGGUGCUAAUUCUGAGAAUGAUAAUAAUAGCAAUAGUCAAGGAGAUGCUUCUGAGAACUCUGAUGAAUCAGAAGAUAAUGACAGUGACUCCAAUGGAGAAGGAAAUUCUGCUGAGAGUGAUACCACAUCGGAUGCUAGUGACAGUGAUGAAAAUGGAAAUGGUAACAAUGAGAAUGGAAAUAGUGGGAAAGCAGAAAGUAAAUCUGAUAGUAGUGACAGCAAUGAUAGCAAUGACAGCAAAUCUGACAGCAGUGAUAGCAGUGACAGUAGUGACAACAAUGACAGCAGUGAUAGUAGUGACAGUAGUGACAGCAGUGAUAGUGAUAAUAAAUCAGACAGCAGUGAUAGCAGUGAUAGUAGCAACAGCAGUGAUAGCAGUGAAAGUGACAGCAGUGACAGCAGUGAUAGUAGUGAUAGCAGUGACAGCAGUGAUAGUGACAGCAGCAACAGCAGUGAUAGUAGUGAUAGCAGUGAUAGUAGUGACAGCAGUGACAGUAGCAACAGCAGUGAUAGCAGUGAUAGUGACAGCAGUGAUAGUAGUGAUAGCAGUGACAGCAGUGAUAGUGACAGCAGGGACAGCAGUGAUAGUAGUGACAGCAGUGACAGCAGCAACAACAGUGACAGUAAUGACAGCAGUGAUAGUAGUGACAGCAGUGACAGCAGUGAUAGUGACAGCAGCAACAACAGUGACAGUAGUGACACCAGUGAUAGUAGUGACAGCAGUGACAGUAGUGACAGCAGUGAUAGUAGUGACAGCAGUAACAGCAGUGACAGUAGUGAUAGCAGUGACAGUAGUGAUAGCAGUGACAGCAGUGAAAGUAGUGAUAGCAGUGACAGCAGUGAUAGUAGUGACAGCAGUGAUAGUAGUGACAGCAGUGACAGUAGUGAUAGUAGUGACAGCAGUGAUAGUAGUGACAGCAGUGAUAGUGAUACCAAAUCAGACAGCAGUGACAGCAGUAACAGUAGUGACAGUAGUGAUAGUGACAGUAGCGAUAGUAGUGAUAGCAGUGACAGUAGUGACAGCAGUGACAGCAAUUAA